AUAAUUACACCGAUUUCUCCAAGAAAGAGCUGCUGUUAAUAACAAUAAUAAUAGUUGAAUAUUUUUAAUUUUUAAUUCAGAACUAGUUUUACUGGUACUAACUAAUAAAAAUAAUUAAUUGUUGAAAACAUUUUAGCACCUGAAAAGCGAUCAAAAUAACAGCACCAACUCCUCUCUAGUUUGUGUCUGUAUGCGAGAUUCUUUUGCAUCUGCAAGUAGAUACACGUUCGCAAUGGCAUUUCUGACUGGAGAAAUUGGUGUGUAUAUAUUUGUGGCAAUUGCUGUGCACAUAUUGGUUUAUAUGUUUGUAACACGUAAACGAGCUAAAAAUAUUGUGGGCAAACAUGUAGUUAUAACUGGAGGCAGCAAAGGUAUUGGAUUAUGUUUGGCAGUAGAAUGUGCCAUGAAGGGCGCUAAUGUAACUGUGAUAGCACGUGAUGAAAAGAUGUUGAGCGGAGCAGUAGCUCUUAUGGAGGUCAUACGUCAGUUGCCUGAACAAAAAUUCCAAUAUCGCUGCUUGGACUUGUCGUCUGAAUAUGAGCAGGUAGCCGAAACCUUUGCUAAUAUAGAAGAGAGCUUGGGAGAUAUUUAUAUGUUAAUUAAUUGUGCUGGUUUAGCAAUAUGCGGGACCUUCGAAGAGGUGUCCAUUGAAGAUGCUCGAAUGCUGAUGAAUGUUAAUUAUUGGGGUACAUAUAACUGUACGCGAUAUGUUCUACCAAAAAUGAAGAAAUCCGGUGAAGGUAUUAUUGUAAUUACCGCUUCUCAGGCAGCUUUAUUUGGUAUAUAUGGUUAUGGACCGUAUGCUGCUUCAAAAUUUGCUCUCAGAGCAAUGGCUGAAACAAUUGCUAUGGAAUCGAGGCAUUUGGGAAUUUCAGUAACACUAGCUUUGCCGGCUGAUACCAAUACCCCCGGUUUUGAAAACGAAGAAAAAACCAAACCCAAAGAAACAAAAAUUAUAUCUGGUGGCGGAGGAUUGGCUGAACCGGAACACGUUGCUAAGCAAAUCCUAAAUGACGCUUUGAAAAGCAACUUUAUAUCAAUAUUGGGUUUUGAAUCAUGGUUGGUAACGUUGUUAGGUGGCGGCCUAUUUCGUUGGGGAGGACUUCUUCAAAAUAUUUUUCAUGCCUUGCUCUUAGGGCCCUUACGAGUAAUCGGUUGUUUUUUGCAUUUACAUUUUGAACGCAUUAUUAAAAACUGCGCCAAGGAGAAAAAUGACUAAUUCUUUCAUAAACCAACUUUGUGAAAAGAUUUUGAUUUUAAAUUUAGUUAAGAGCGUAGGUUAUAUUUAAGCUGCCAUCAAUGAAAAAUUAUUGGAAAUGAAUUAAUAGCACAAAAUUUAGCCAAAGUUCCCUUUAUUUUAUUCACUAGUUAAGUUUUUAAUAA